CACAGUCUCGCUGUCUGACAUGUUCGAUGAGAUCCUCCAAGAGAAUAACCCAUUUGCAAGACAGAGGACAAGCUCAACCGCUCAACAGUUAGAUGGUUAUCUCUCAGAAGUCCCCAUCCCCAGGAGCAAUAACCCUCUCGAAUUUUGGAGGACCAAUCAAGGCCGCUUUCCCGACCUGGCGCAGAUGGCACGCAGGUACUUGUCUGCUCCAUGCACAAGCACCGACAGCGAGAGACUGUUUAGUGCUGCAUCUCAUGUCAUCGAUGAGAAGAGGAACCGAUUUUCAUGUGAGAAAGCAGAGAAGCUACUUUUCAUAAAGAAGAACCUGCCACUUUUUCUGAAGAAGUAGGCUAAGUAGGCUUAUGUCUAGGACAGUUAUUCAUUUGUUGUGGGUUCAUCCACAUUUUUUGCACUAUUCAAUGCACAUUUGUUGUUGUAGACAUACAGAGUUACAUUCUUUCAGCAGUCAGUUAUAGGCCUAACAUAGGCUAUUCAAGAAGGGGGGCUUCAAAGAUGGCCAAAUAAAAAUAUUUUUUUAUUUUACUAAUUUAUUUAUUUUAAGUUAUAUUGUGCUUU